UCAGAAUUUCGAUCAAAUCACCUCCACUGAUUGCUCUCCUGUACAUCUACCCGUUCUUCUACAUCAAAAGUCUGAGAGAAGAAUUCAUGGUAGCAACUAUAUUGUCCAGCAUGAAAUCCAAAACUAACAUCGUGGGUUUCAUGGAUAUAUUGAAAUUCUGGUAUUGUCAAAAGUACAUCAGAACCACAGUGAAGAUGAGGAUAGUAGGAUUAACAGGUGGGAUAUCUUCAGGUAAAAGUACAAUUUCCAAUCUAUUCAAGUCUCAUGGAGUCCCCAUUGUUGAUGCUGAUCUCGUUGCUCGUGAUGUAUUAAAGAAAGGUACUGGCGGUUGGAAAAAAGUUGUUGCUGCAUUUGGACAUGAAAUUUUACUUGAUAAUACCGGUGAAGUCAAUAGACCACUACUUGGUCAAAUUGUAUUCUCCGAUCCAUCCAAACGACAACUUCUUAACCGGUUAUUAGCACCUUACAUUUCUAAGGGAAUCUUAUUGGAAGUGCUUAAACUAUGGAUUAAGGGUUAUAGCGUUAUUGUUCUUGACAUCCCAUUGUUGUUCGAGGCUAAAUUAGAUAAAUGGACGAAACCCAUUAUUGUUGUUUGGGUUGAUUCUGAAACUCAGCUUCAACGACUUGUUGCAAGAGAUGAGAUCUCUGAAGAACAGGCUAGGAAUAGAAUUAAUGCUCAAAUGGAACUUGAUUCGAAAAGGGAGAAAGCAGAUAUAGUGAUUGAUAAUUCGGGGAGUCUGGUGGAAACAAAAGUGGAGUUUGAGAAGGUGUUGAGUCAAGUUAUGAAGCCUUUAACAUGGACAGAAUUUGGGUUAUCAAGACAAGGUGUGAUUUCAGUUUUUCUUUCUGUGGCUGUAGGUGUUUAUGCUUGUAGAAACUUCAAUAACAGCGCUAAUGUAAGGUAAUUGCAUACCAGUAGUUACUGUUUCUCAAUUGUCAUUGCUCAAAUGAUAUUGGAAACAAAUGAUGGUAAUGAAAUAUUUCUUGUGUUGUUUGUAUUCACUUAUGUGAAACUGUGUUUUUCCACUCUUCUGUUUGUUGCUUUAUGAAUGUGUUUUUCCACUCUUCA